AUGUCUACGAAAUUUUUUCUAAAAAUUAUACCAAGAAAGAUAAAGAAAUUUAAAUUUUUUGUAUUGUUGGCGACAGUUAUUAUAGCCAUAUUAGUUCUUGCCUUGCCAACAUAUGCAAAACUUGAUAAUAAUUCGCAGAUGAUCAAACCACGUCAAGAUCCUCAUUAUCAAUAUCAUAGUUAUCCUCGUGAUUUUUCUCGAUUAUACCGUCGAGCCUCAGAAAACUCUGAAAAAUUAUCUGCUCGUUCAAAUGUCUACGAAAUUUAUAAUAUUCGUGACCCAUCGCUUCGAAGAGAAAAUAAUCCUUACGGUCAUUAUCAAGUAUCUGAUAAGAUCUAA